AUGCUGUUCUACGGCCUUUUUCUGGCCCUCCAGGCCAUCCUGGUGCACUCGGCAGCUCUGAGACAGUCCUCAAGCUCCCUCACCACCGCAGCCCGUGAAAAGUGCCAAACGGACCUGCAGUGUCCCCCGGGCACCCUCAUUGUCUCCCACGCUGCCCACCCGCUGUCCAAUUUCACCAGCCUCCAAGCGGCCAUCUCCUCCCUCCCCAACGAUAAUUCCUCUCAGACCAUUCUUCUCCUCUCCGGCUCCUACAAUGAACAAGUCAACAUCACCCGCUCGGGUCCCAUCACCCUCCUGGGCCAGCAGCCAGACCGCAGUGCGCUGACUGAUGCCGCGCGCAACACGGUCAACCUGACCUUUGCCGGUGCCAACCAAGACAGCACCGGCACCAUUGACAAUGUCUGGUACAGCGUGUUGAUUGUCGCGCCGACGCUGGAUGCCAGUUUGACGGGGUCUGGUACCACGGGCUAUCCGGUGCCCGCGGACACGCCGUUUGGCAAUACCAACUUUCGCGUCUACAACAUUGACUUUCGCAACACCUUUUCCGAAUACUCGGCCGGGCCCGCGCACGCCAUCAGUUUCAGCCGCUCCAACGGAGGCUUCUACUACUGCGGCUUUUACUCCUACCAGGAUACGAUCUAUAUUGGCAAACUCGGCUCCGCCUACAUGUACAAGUCCAUCCUCGCCGGACAAACCGAUUUCCUGUACGGCUUCGGCACGCUGUACGUGCAAUCAUCGGAGAUCCUCCUCCGCUCGUGCGGCGGCGGCAUCACCGCCUGGAAGGGGACCAAUACGAGCGUGCCCAACAACUACGGGGUGUACAUCCACGACUCGACGGUGCGGGCCGCCAACACGUCUAUUGCGCCGGACAUCAAGGAAUCGUGUGCCUUGGGUCGACCCUGGAACGCGCUGCACCGGUCCAUCUUCGCCAACACGUAUGAAGACGGCAGCAUCGAGCCGUCGGGCUACAUCAACUGGGAGGAUCGCUGGACGGCCAAUGAGACCUUGAUGGCGGAGUACAAGGCCUACGGGCCGGGCUUCAACCUGACGGGACGAGAGGAUAGCGAGGUGUCAGUGCUGCUGGAUAGCAAGGAGUACGCGCGGUACAGUGAUCCGGAGCGAGUGUUUUUGUUCUCGGAUGGACGAGUGGGCAAUGUGGCGUGGAUUGACUGGGAGGUGGUGAACUCUUAA